AUGAUCGUCACCGUUGCAUCCCUAAUCAAACCGACGACAACUGACAAAGUUGAAGUUCUUGAAAUCGACCCAAAAUCACUUCCUUCGAAUCAUCCUCAUCUUGCUGCAUACUACAACCACAUCGGUAGUUUACAUGGUCAAAUGGAACAACGUGCAAAAGCUCUGUCAUAUUUUGAGAAAGCUCUUAAAAUUGAAAAACAGUCACUUCCUUGGAAUGAUCCUAACUUGGCCGCAUCUUACAAUAACAUCGGUUCGGUGUAUUACAACAUGGGUGAACAUUCGAAAGUAUGCUCGUUCUGUAAACGCGCUGUGGACAUUGGACAACAAACAUUACCACCAAACGACUCUGAACUUCAAAAGUGGGGAAGAAACUUAGAUAAAGCAAAUAAUAAAUCGUCAAUUUCAACAUGUAAAUGGAACCAUCAAUUUGCACAUCGAAAUGGAAUGAUCAAGUUGAAUAUGAAAAUUGAACAGUAAGUAUUUUAUUUAAUUAAAUAAUUUUUUUUCUUCAUUUUAGGUCAGAGUCAAUAUUAAAAUCGAACCGUAAAUAUUUUAUUUAAUUAAAUAAAUUUUUUUUUUCAUUUUAGAUAGUGGUGCAAAAAUGCUGUUUACCUACAUAAAGAUUGUAAAUUUUCGGUAUGAAACUCUCCUAAAUCCAACCAAAUCUUCGUGUCAUUUAUAGCUAGCUUUAUUCGCUCUAUCUGAUACUGAUAAAUAAAUAUCAGUACCAGAUAGAGCGAAUAAAACUGGUUAUUAUUGACGCGAAGAUAUGGUUAGAUUUAGGAGAGUUUCAUACAGAAAAUUUACAAUCUUUAUGCAGAUAAACAGGAUUUAUUGCGCAUCUAUUACUAUUAGGUUUAGCUAUAGAAUUCCUAUAGGAUCCUGUCGGAUUCUGGACUUUCCGACACCUUCCGACUGUCGGAUCCGGCUGUCGGAAAUCAUCGGAUCCGACAUCCGACAACUUCGGACUGGAUUCCGCUCAAGGGGGAAAAAACGGAAUCCUGGAAUCCUGGAAUCCGGUGGAAUAUUAC